AUGGUUGAAGCAGAAGAAUGUGUUUGUUGUCAGGAAAUAACUGAAAUAAUGAACAGAAACACCGAAGUUUAUGAGAAGGAAAAGUUGAAUGAAAAACCAACUUGCAUCACUGAAAGCCCACCUUUUGAAACAGUCUGUCUAAAUCAUUGGGUCCUGAAAGUUGCAGAAAUAGCAUAUAAAGAGGAACAUGGCAAAAAGGUGAUGAAAGGUUUGACAGAAAGCGAAAAGAAGCGAAAACUUGCUUGUCGCCAGUUAGUUUGGUUUUGUUGGGGGACAUGUGGCAAAGAAAUCUUAGUGAACCUGCCAUCAUGUGCACUUCUUUCUAUAAGAGCACGUUUUGCACCAUCUGAUGGGUAG